CAAACAUCCGCGACGGGGUCUGGAUCACAACCCAACGCCGACCAUGUCAGAUGCAGCUGAAUCAAAUUCUGUGCAGAUCAAAAAGCACAGCCAGAUUGAUUCAUCAAAUCUAUCGCCGCUCAGCGUCACUCCGCCCGACAAAUCCAGCCAGCUACCCCCAUCUCCGCCCCCUACAACGGAGCGGCCCGGGAAGUGCGUCGUCAACAACGACGACGAUCUAAGACUCCCGGAACCGCUCUUGCAACACAAGCUUCUAUCGUUAACACAAGAAGUCUCUGAGCUCACAGAGUUCAAGCUCAGUCCGGAACAGUACCAUAAACUUCAUUCCAAGAUCGAGAAAACGUUCAGGUGUUUCGAUUACGAACCUAGGCGCGGCUGCCUUGCGAUUCGUAUGCCUUCGCCGACCCAUGACUUCUUUGCCAUUGAGUUCAGAGAUGAAGUCUGCAAGGAACUCAGUCAGAUCGCAGCCAGCCGCACUAACAAGAUAAAGGAAGUCACUAAAGAAUUGAAGAGCGCUAUCUCAUCACGCGUAUUCUUAAGGGAAGUGGACGAGAAGGAGCAACUAGACGAGGAGAAUGAAGCAGAUGACGAGAACGAAUAUAACAACAAGAAAGAAGACGAUUACAAGAAGUACGCCAUCAAACGCGAACCAGACAUUCAGUUUCAGUACCCCAAAACCGCAUAUCCUGGUGUUGUAGUUGAGGUGUCAUACUCGCAAAAUGGUAAAGAUUUGAGAAGGCUGGCUCAAGACUACAUUCUCUACUCAAACGCAGAUGUUAAGUUAUUUAUUGGUUUCGAUCUGAGUUAUGACGGCGGGUCGUCGACAGUAUCAACCUGGCGACCGAAAUUCAUUACUGAUGGAGAUGAUGAAGAGUUGGUAACGGUUCAGUACGUCCAAGACCGGCCAUUCCUCUCGUCCGAUGGUCAGGUUCAAAAUCCUGAUGAAGUUCUCACCAUUGACGUACGGGAUUUUGCCACUGAUGAAAUCUCGAAGACUUGGCCCGAUGCCGAGAUCAACAUCAAGUUCUCUCGACUAGCCCAACUUUUCAAAGAUGCCCAGCAAUGGCAGUUGGAGAAAGAGACCGCUAAAUCCAGCGAAGUGAUGAAAUCGAAGAGGGUUUCUAGGAAGCGUAGAUUGCCGUCUAGUUCGCCACAACGGCUGAGAUCCGAUGAUGAGGAGCAAAUUCAGGAGUGGGAGCAGGCUGUUGAUCUGAAGAGCCACAAGGCGGAUGCGGAUUAUGAGGGCGAUGAUACAGAAGAUGAUGACAAGCGUCGGCUGACGAAGCGAAGAGGCUAGUCACCCAUCGCGGCGGUGCCAAGUGAGGACAACUAUCCUUGGACAAAUUCGAAGCUGGUUCGACUUCCUUGCCAAGGAAUAAUACUUAGAAUACCGUGCAACAGGGGAGAUGUUUGGUGUCUGAAUUGUAUGAUAAACGAAAUGGGUCCGGACUGGUUGGACCAUUCGUUGGACUACAGCGUUUGGCGUUAGGUAAGCGAAUACUUACUGCUUAGGUUGGGAAUUAAGACGCCCUCUUCGUUGGGGGAGUUCCCCAUGGAUCGAAAGAUGAAGUAGACCAGACAAGACAUUUUACGACUUUGUACUUAAUUAAGAUCUGCAUAGCCGUUGAUGAACAAAAAUACACCUAAACUCGAUUCAC